CGGCCGGCCGGGCGCUGCAGCAGUGCGGCCAGCUCCAGAAGCUCAUCGACAUCUCCAUCGGCAGCCUGCGCGGGUUGCGCACCAAAUGCGCCGUGUCCAACGACCUCACCCAGCAGGAGAUCCGGACCCUGGAGGCAAAGCUGGUGCGGUACAUCUGUAAGCAGCGGCAGUGCAAACUGAGUGUGGCCCCCAGUGACAGGACUGCGGAGCUCAACAGCUACCCACGAUUCAGCGACUGGCUAUACACCUUCAAUGUGAGGCCCGAGGUGGUGCAGGAGAUCCCCCGAGAACUCACACUGGACGUUCUGCUGGAGAUGGACGAAGCGAAGGCAAAGGAGACGCUGCGGCGAUCGGGGGCCAGUGCGGAGGAAUGUGGCCGCCUGCAGCAAGCCCUCACUUGCCUGCGGAAGGUGACAGGCCUGGGAGGAGAGCACAAGGAGGAUGCAGGCUGGAGCUGCGUGGAUGCUCGGCGUGGAAGUGGCUCGGGGCCUUCUGUGGACACCCUGUCCCCUGCCAGCCUGCCCUGGACCCCAGGGAAUGCCCAGCUGGGCAGAGUGGGCAACAGUGCCCAGGGCCCCCGCUCCGUCUCUGUCUCUGCUCUGCCCGCCUCCGACUCCCCAGCCCCGGGCCUUAGUGAGGGCUUCUCAGAUACCUGUAUCCCCCUGCACGCCAGCGGUCGGCUGACACCCCGGGCCCUGCACAGCUUCAUCACACCCCCCACCACGCCCCAGCUGCGACGGCACGCCAAGCUGAAGCCACCUAGGACGCCCCCGCCACCCAGCCGAAAGGUCUUCCAGCUGCUGCCCGGCUUCCCCACACUCACCCGCAGCAAGUCCCACGAGUCCCAGCUGGGGAACCGCAUCGAUGAGGUCUCCCCAAUGAGGUUGGAUCUCCAACAUGGAUCCCCACAGAUGGUACGAAGGGACAUCGGACUCUCGGUGACACACAGGUUCUCCACCAAGUCCUGGCUGUCGCAGGUCUGCCACGUGUGCCAGAAGAGCAUGAUGUUUGGAGUGAAGUGCAAGCAUUGCAGAUUGAAAUGUCACAACAAGUGUACAAAGGAAGCACCGGCCUGUAGAAUAUCCUUUCUUCCACUAGCAAGGCUCCGGAGGACAGAAUCUGUCCCCUCAGAUAUCAACAAUCCAGUGGAUAGAGCGGCUGAACCGCACUUUGGAACCCUCCCCAAGGCACUGACAAAGAAGGAGCAUCCUCCAGCCAUGAAUCACCUGGACUCCAGCAGCAACCCAUCCUCCACCACGUCCUCCACACCUUCUUCGCCAGCGCCCUUCCCGACCUCGUCGAACCCGUCCAGUGCCACCACUCCCCCCAACCCCUCACCUGGCCAACGGGACAGCAGGUUCAACUUCCCAGACAUUUCGGCCUUUCCACAAUCAGCCCCACUCCCCAGCACAGCUGACACUACUCGGCUCGAGGAGCCACCCAAAGCAGAUGUAUCGGAGGUACAUGAAGUAGAGGCUGAGGAGCCAGAAGGUGGCAAGUCAGAGGCAGAAGAUGAUGAGGAUGAAUUAGAUGACCUUCCCAGCUCCCGUCGACCCUGGCGGGGUCCCAUCUCUCGCAAGGCCAGUCAGACCAGCGUGUACCUGCAGGAGUGGGACAUCCCUUUUGAGCAGGUGGAGCUGGGCGAACCCAUUGGGCAGGGCCGCUGGGGCCGAGUGCACCGGGGCCGAUGGCACGGCGAGGUGGCCAUCCGUCUCUUGGAGAUGGAUGGCCACAACCAGGAUCACCUGAAGCUGUUCAAGAAGGAGGUGAUGAACUACCGGCAGACACGGCAUGAGAACGUGGUGCUCUUCAUGGGUGCCUGCAUGAACCCACCCCAACUGGCCAUCAUCACCAGCUUCUGCAAGGGGAGGACCUUACACUCCUUUGUAAGGGACCCCAAGACAUCUCUGGACAUAAACAAGACAAGGCAGAUCGCUCAGGAGAUCAUUAAGGGCAUGGGCUAUCUUCACGCCAAGGGCAUCGUGCACAAAGACCUUAAGUCUAAGAACGUCUUCUAUGACAAUGGCAAGGUGGUCAUCACAGACUUCGGGCUGUUUGGGAUCUCGGGUGUGUUCCGAGAGGAGCGGCGAGAGAAUCAACUGAAACUGUCCCAUGACUGGCUGUGCUACCUGGCCCCUGAGAUCGUGCGGGAGAUGACCCCUGGGAAAGAUGAGGACCAACUGCCAUUUUCCAAAGCUGCUGAUGUCUAUGCAUUUGGGACUGUUUGGUAUGAGCUACAAGCAAGGGACUGGCCCUUUAAACACCAACCUGCAGAGGCCUUAAUCUGGCAGAUCGGGAGCGGAGAAGGAGUGAAGCGUAUCCUGGCCUCUGUCAGCCUGGGGAAGGAAGUCAGUGAGAUCCUGUCCGCCUGCUGGGCUUUUGACCUUCAGGAGAGACCCAGCUUCAGCCUGCUGAUGGACAUGCUGGAGAAGCUGCCCAAGCUAAACCGGCGGCUCUCUCACCCCGGGCACUUCUGGAAGUCAGCUGACACUGCAAACCAGGACAGGAGACUCUAUUCAGGCUGGGGCCCGGAGACAGAGCCCCGCCUGCUGUUAAAGAUGGCCCCACACCAACCAGACCUGUCCCAACCGACAGCAAAUGUUUACACGAACGUUUCUGCCGAGCGAACUCAACGUUUUACAAUAGGUAAUAAUAAACAAUGUAUGCUUACGUGCACUGGCAGUGUGGGAUGGCAGAGGUGGCCAUCCCCAUUGGAAGGAUCCUGUAGAGAGCCUAAUGCUGGGCCAGAAGGAAGAAGAGCGUUAUGAUUGUGGUUGCUUUGGGCUGCAGAGCGGGGGAUAUGAGGUCUGACCUGGUCUUGCUUUGGCCCUAACUGCCCUGGGUCUGAAAUCUCCCUCUGAGACAUUCUCCCUGCGUCCUAUCAGAGAGACACAGUUCCCUUAUCUCCCAGAGGAGACCCUGGCCAGAAACAGCUGGAUCACAGAGGGCAGGAGUUCUUAGAGAGCUGGAUUCACCUUCUAAUCCCUGUAAUCCAGACUGCCCUUGCUGGAAAAGUAGAGACAGAAUCCUAGUGAUUGAUGCCUGAGGGUCUGGUGUCUCCCACUCAGGGUUUCUACCACAAGGCAGAGAGAUAGCCAUGCAUUUUUAGAGCUCUCUUUCAUGAAGCCCCAGGCAGUCACUAGAGCUGUGGGACUCAGGGCCUCCUCCCAGUGCCUGGCCCAAACUGAGCACUAGCCUGUAGGUGCACCUGCACUGAGAUGAGAACGGAGAAGAUGGUACAAAGAGACAGAAGUAGACAGCUAGCAGGUAUCUGAGGCCCCCCACCUCCCCCCAGGCUUCUCAGUGACUCUGGCGGACACUUUAGAAACCCAUUGCUAGCCAUGCUAGAAUGUUCCAGAACUACUCACCUCUUCUCAUUCACCUUAGCCCACCUCUGCUGCUUUCCCUGAGCUCAGAUACAGGCACUCUUUCCUCCAGACCCUCCUAGCAAGCCGCCUCUCUGCACAGCCUCCCGGGCAGUCUCAGGCCUUCUGCCUGUGUCCAUGCAAAGCAGCGGGAGGCUAGACCUGAGAGCCAGCUGGGCGUCACGUGACCUCUGCUGCCCCCACUAGAAACGGCUGCCCACAGAAUAGAGUUCCCAAAGGCAGAGGGCCUCAAGUAGAGAUGAAGUUCAGUGGCCUCCGCAGCCCGAAAGAAAAAAAGUAAUGGAAGGGGAGUUGUGAUUGGAGUCAGGACCACAGGUUUGGGUUUCAAAUAAGGGGCUCCCCCACCCCUUAUUUGGGACCAUGUGGCUCCAGCCUCUUCCAGUUCAACUCACCCAGCAAGUCCCAGUCUUCACAGCCUUCCCUACCAGCUGGGGUCCAGAUGUUCCUUAAUUCAGCCCUCUGCUGAGAAUCUGUGGAGUUGCCUCUACAAGUAGGUAUGUGCACAUGCGUGUGCACAUGCACGCGCAUGCACACACAUGGCCUUGGAGAGCACAGCUUACACAGUGCUAUAUGCACCCAGGGACAGUGGCGUCUUCACACCAGGAGGU